AGAAGGAGGAGGAGAAGGAGGAGAAGAGGCAGCCCUGGAAAGCCUGGCAGCCUACCUUUUGCAGGAUGCCCAGAGUGCGGCGCGAGGGGAGCUUUCUUCAUCGGGACUCUUUUUUUGGGAGCACUUCCGGGAGGCAAUGCGGCGGAAGGGCUUCCGUCCCGCGGAGGGAGCCUAUAUAAGAAGGGCAGCGGAGAGCCGGAUCCUCUUUCGCCUCCUCAGCGUCGAAAUGACGAAGAAGAGAAGGAACAACGGCCGUGCCAAGAAGGGCCGUGGGCACGUCCAGCCUAUCCGCUGUACCAACUGUGCCCGCUGCGUCCCCAAGGAUAAGGCUAUUAAGAAGUUUGUCAUCCGGAACAUCGUAGAGGCAGCCGCCGUCCGAGACAUCUCCGAAGCCAGUGUCUUUGACUCAUAUGUGUUGCCCAAGCUCUAUGUGAAGCUUCACUAUUGUGUGAGCUGUGCCAUCCACAGCAAGGUUGUGAGGAACCGCUCCCGUGAGGCCCGGAAGGACCGUACCCCUCCACCUAGGUUCAGGCCUGCAGGUGCUGCACCAAGACCACCCCCCAAGCCUAUGUAAAGAGAUCAUUUUAAUGAUGUCAAGUGGCUAAUGUUGACUAAAUCAAUAAAUUUACAGAUGAUCUUUCUGUAUGUUA